AUGGAUGUCGUUUAUGUAAGCGGCUCUGAGUGUCCACACACGUUUGAUGUUGUCGAAGACCUGGUUGGUAAGAACGUCACUUCAAAGGACGCCCUUUCUUGGCCAUGCGAGCUGCGAGUCUUCUGGGUAGAAAUUUACCCUCUCGUGAAACUAGUCCGGUUUCUACUGUCCUACGGGACCUCUAUCAUUAUCGUCGUUGGUGUGGUCCUCAACAUCUUGUCCUUGGUCGUUCUCACGCAGAAACAUAUGAGGAAAUCGACAUCAAACUUGUACCUUGCGUUCCUGGCCGGAUAUGAUACAUGCUCUCUGACCUUUAAUUUUAUGAUAGGGGUCAUCAGGGGCAAUAGCGAAGCUGCAAACAAGAACUUUCAGGCUAGCGAAGGUCUUUGCACUUUUCAUGGAGUAGUUGUCGAACUUUUUAAUCUACUCUCUGUAUGGAUCAUCGUAGCCUUCACUGUCGAGAGGUUUUGUAUUGUCAAAUUUCCACUGAAAGCAAGAACCUGGUCUCCAAGGAAGACUGUAGUUACUCUGAUAGUUGUUUCCUUCGUCAUGACAUUGGUUUCUCUGCACAAAGUGGCCGUGUCUGGUUUCGAGGGUGACUCCGUAUUUGGAUACAAGGCGUGUAAAACAAGGAGGAAGAUUUUCAAGGAGAUCAUAUACAUGUAUGUUGCUCUCAAUACAUGGCUGCCGACAUUCACAAUCGUCGUGCUCAAUAUGAUCAUUAUACUGGAGCUCAGGAAGAACAGGCUAAAGAGACAACAGAUGACACAAACCUCAAUGAGUAAAACCGACGAAAGGGCAACAAAACUCCUGUUGGCUGUUUCAAGCGCUUAUGUGCUUUUGGUGUUACCACUAGGGAUCGUUCAGUCUAUUGAGCUUGUCUGGAAUGGAACUCAAAACGUACCGCCUGGUCACGAAGAGUACGUUCACUUCAUGGUCACCAAGAUUAAACUGAAAUGGACGAGAGCCUUCUUUUUCUUCUUUUACCAGCUGAACUUUGCGAUGAACUUCUUUCUGUACGUUGCUUCAUCGUCAGCCACUCGUUUUCGAGCGAAUCUGAGAAAGGUUCUGCGUUUGAAGCAAAAGGAGGAUGAGUCCAUGUUUACCAGAGCACCACCAAAGACGAACUCGGUGAUGCCAUUAGAAGAGAGUGACAUGAAAUCGGGUCCGUCGGAAGAAAAACUUGACGACUGA